GGAGUAUGAACUGAGCGGAACAUGUAACUGGUCGUUGCUUUGUGUGUUAGCUAGGAGCGGCGCUGCUGUCUGUCAUCCCGGAGGAGCAGGGAGGUACCGGGACGCUCUCUAGCUGAACAUUCCGCCUUCACUACCCGGUUAAGCUAACGACAGCUAACCUCAGACUCUUGUAGCAGAAAUGGCCACGGUUUCUUUUCCUGCCUGCACAACUGUAGUUUUAUUAGAUAUCGAGGGAACCACCACACCGAUUACUUUUGUUAAGGACGUCUUGUUUCCUUACAUCAGAGAGCAUCUUGAGGAUCAUCUGUCCACUCAUUGGGAAGAAGAUGAGUGCAAACAAGAUGUUCAUUUGCUAAAGAAACAGAUUGAAGAGGACAUAAAGCAGAACCGGGCUUGUCCCGUCCACACUGUUGACCAGACGGUUCACACAGAUGAGGAGAAGGCCAUCAGGGAGGUGGUGGAGGAUGUCCUGUGGCAGAUGGCAGCAGACAGAAAGUCCACAGCCCUCAAACAGCUCCAGGGCCACAUGUGGAGGGCAGCUUAUACCUCUGGGAGAAUCAAAGGCGAGCUCUAUCCUGAUGUGGUUCCAUCGAUCAAAACGUGGCGCGAGCACGAUCUGAAAGUUUACAUUUACUCAUCUGGAAGUGUGGAGGCUCAGAAACUACUGUUUGGAUUUUCUGUCGACGGAAACGUUUUAGAUUUAUUUGAUGGUCACUUCGACACAACAAUAGGUGCUAAAGUUGAUGCUAAAAGCUAUGAGAGGAUUAUCGACAGAAUUGGCUGCCAACCUGAAGAGGUCACCUUCCUGACAGAUGUAACCAGAGAGGCUAAAGCUGCAGAAGAGGCAGGCAUGAACGUGCUGCUGGUGGUCAGGCCAGGAAACUUGGAGCUGACAGAUGAGGAGAGCAGCCACUACAACCUCAUUACCUCCUUUAGCCACCUUCAGCUGACAGGAUGUACCUAACACAGACUGUGGGCAGAGGUCACGUCUGACUUUAUGGUCUUUUAAUUACAUUUUUACAACUUUGUUUUCAUUCUGUGUACUGGGUCUAUUGUGGAUUACUGUAGGGCUAUUUAUGCCCAAAAGUUCACCUUUCACGAUGCUUUCGUUUGUACAAAGCACUCCUAGUGCUGAAAGAUGAAAGAAAGAUCCCUGGACCAUAGAUGAGAGGAGCAGGUGCAACGUGAACAAGCCUGAAGGAAAUGGCACACCAACAUUUAGGUUACUGUACUUCUAGAUGAACUGUGUAUUUGACUGCUGCGCUCCAGCUCUAAAUGUGUGUAAAUGUAUUUGUCAAUGUUCUGUAAAGUCAGACCUGCUAGUUUUCUCCAUGUUGUGUUUUAGAAAGCAGCGCCUCAGUUUAGAAGCUCUCGGCAGCGGUGGCCCUGUCGUGAAUCUCCUCGCAGAUGAAUGGUGUGUGUUAAAAUGUGCCAUCAAUCUGUCAUGUGGAUGUUAAACAAGUAUAAACGUUACCUAACGGGAAAUCAAAUGUG